AUGCUUCAAUCAUUGGUCAACAUUGCCGACCAAUCGGGUGCAGUGAAGAGGGAGCUCACUUCCCCGCUGAACUCGGCCCUUGCCUCAGCCACAUCUUCCACUUCAAACAUUACCCCGGACGCUGAUAAUGAGAGUGGCAAUCGGUACACCUCGCCUCCAAAAGACGAUUUUAGAGCGAGUCCAUCCCAGGCAUCUUCCAUUUUCAAUGUCAAUGCCCAUGAUGGUUCUCCAUCUCUUCCGGACAAAGAGGAGCACCAAUCGGUAUCUUUUGUGACUCAUAUCAAUGGCAAGCACAAGAAGAAGAGCUGGAAGAAAAGUGUGGCCGAGGAGCAUAAAUCUCUCAUUUCUACGUCGUCACCUGAAGGGAUUGCGGCUGCCUCCCAGAUCACGCCGAACAGAAUUGCCAAUAUCCUGCUCAGCGAAGGACCGUUGCCAAUUAGGCAUUUGACUGCACAUUUGGUUUCUCAGAUCCCAGCUUUUGGACAUCUCUCGCUGUCCAAACAAAGACGUUUGAUUAUGGCUGCUUUGGAGAUGGGGGACUUGCAAACUGGCUGCGUGUUCGAGAAAAUCGGAUGGGGCCAAUGGGAGGCAAGGAAAGCUUCUGACGAACAAAUUAACCAGCGAAAUACACAAGCAUCGACCGGCAACAGAGACAGGUCUCCUGAAAGUCCUCCUGAUAAUCACGGCUCUACUAGGGCCAGGCGGAAAGAAAAAAGAGGAAGUAAUUCCGCUUUAAGCGUCUCGCCAAAAGCAAGAGGCCUUGGAGCUAACUAUAGACGAGAGUCAAUCACAAACUCAGCGACAGAUUUACACAGCACCAAAGUUCCUAUAUCGCCAAAUCUCAGACCUCUACAGAGUUUGCGAAAUUCAUUCAAAGAACGAAAAUACUCUUUGGACGAGGCUAUCGAGUCCUCUUCCUCUGACGAUGAUGACGAUGACGAACUAAAUUUGGCUCACUCGCAAGAAGAUGAUGAUGACGGUAUGUUUACGUUUGAAGGAGACAACGGUGCUCAAAAAGCAAAACACAUUCUCCGCACGUCUUCAUUGUCGUCCACGAACAGACAUCCGUCAUUUGCGGGCAUUGCCAAGCCGAGAAAACCGCGCUCCUCAUUCACGAGUCAGUCGAUCGAGGCUGUAUUUGAUGAGAAUAGUAAUCUCGAUUCCGCGUCCAUGCCAGAUGGAUUGAUUUCCAAAAGACGUCCUAGAGUCUCGUUUUCGAAUUCGUCCAGUGUCACACGACAAUCCUUUUUACGAACAAACAUAUCCCCUUCAAACGGUCCAGUCAUGUUGCAUGAUCAAAACAGCAGCGUAACGCUCAACACUGUGUCAUCUAUGGAGAAUCUUCAUGAUCAAGAUCGUAAUGACCUGGAAAACUACACGGAUGAGGAAGACUGGGAGGCGAUGGGACCUGCCACACUGAGGAAAAAUAACAUGUCUGCUGUGACCGUGCCCGCUUCCAACGUCGCAGUGGAACACAACUCACCGAGACCAGUAUCUGUGAAAAUGGUCAAACCAGAUAUAUCAAGUCCAUUGAGGCCAGCGCUAGCGACGCAGAGUGAUGAGGAGAUAGCUGCGAUAGCCCUUAUGGAUUUGAAAUCUGUUUGA